UUAUCGGCGAGAGUGAGUGUUGUGUUUGUGUGGAAAUGUUCAAGAUGGAGCGAUUUCUCGUCGUGCUAUUGAUCGUGACAACGAUAAAUGCAAUCGCGGUAAGACAAAGACUAACUCAGGAGGAAUGUGACGACAUGGAUAUACGGAAGAUAAACAAUUAUUACUACGUGAAAGCUGCCCCGAUCAACCUAACUGGGAUACCUUCAGAUUUCUCUGUACACUGGCGAUCCGGCAGAGUCUUCUUCACACUAAUAAGUGAUGAUUAUUUAACAAUGAGAGUCCAAGUUUUAAAAGGAAAUCAAGUAAACACUAUCAAAAUGGAUGUUGUCGGUCAGUCAACCACAGUAGAUAACGUUAACGACAUUGUAUAUGUGGCUACUGAUAAUGGAGUGUACAAAUAUAAUGUCGAUGGGUCACUUGAACAUUACGCAGCGACUGGGGAAGACGUUAUGUAUGUCGCCGUUUCUAUAGAUGGUACCAAUAUGUACAUAGCUACAUAUCCUCAGAAUAGAGUGCAAUUAAUUAGUAACAAAGGUCAGAAACAGGAGACCUUCUCCUUAAUACCUAAUGGACAUGAUUUGAGAACAGACACUUCUAAUAACCUGUAUUUCGUCGCAGCGAAAACUUCUUACGUUUUGCAAGCGAAUCAUACUAUACCAAUUAGAAUUAAAGGCUUGCCAACGAAUAAUAUGACAGGUAUUUUUGUAAACAGAUCAGAUAAGGUAUAUGCUAUGGAUGAAACUGGAAAUAUGUAUAAAAUCGAUCCAGAAAAUGCGAAAGCUACUUUGCUUGGUUCAUUUCACGUUAACGGUGUAAAUGCUUUCGCUUUGGACGCGUUUGAUAAUGUACUUAUAGGUGUGCAUGGCGCCAUUUUGAAAUACAAUAAGAUGGAUAAUUCUCCGUGUAGUGUGCUGAGGACGCUGAGUUAGGAUUGUAAUAAAAAAAUUGAAAUUUUGGCAAAAAAAGACUUAGUUUAAAUAAAGUUACAAUAGUUAGCAUAU